GGGGCAGGGGGGCUAAGCCACGGUCACUUUUUGCAUGGGGACGUGAGUUUGAUCAACCGCAGAACUGCUGCAACUUCUUUUUCACAAGGCACACGACAGCUACCGAUAUACGAAGGGAAGAAGAUACGCUCGUUUGUUACGACUGGACUCGAUUUUGCGCAAGAAGGAAAGAAGGGAAGACGAUAAUACGGUACGAUACGGAACUGCGAUUCUGAACGGGGUUGGAUCUAUUUACAUACCAGGACGAGGCUGGGCGGCAGGGCUUCUUUGUUCGACCACCGAGCAGCGGACUUUGAAUCUCGAAAGGAACUGAAUUUGGCGCAUCUUUGACCUUGCCUGAAGAUUUUACGGUUUCGAGAUAGAGAGGGGUUACACUGCGACGAGGGCAGACCGGAAUCAUUCAGCAACAGAAGAUUGUGAAUCACCAAGGGGCGCGCUGGGAAUUCCGGAAACUGCGGACAACUUAGGACGAUUAAUAGGAAGGGUUUGGGGAAUAUACACGAUCUUCAAGAUUUUAGGACGUGAGAUACGGAACUUCUGCGCCGUUGUGCUUCUUUUCGAAUUGCUCUGGAUGAGCAACAGUCGCAACGAUGGGUCUCCUUACCUUCAACGGCACAUGCAAUUCCACACUGGAAGAAAUGCGGAUCGGUAGUUCGGAAAUACCUAUGGUUGGCACCAUGACUUUCCAUACCAUAGGCUUGAUUGUCGCAGCUGCAUGCGCUUUCAUAGCUAUUCUCCUCUCUUUUUACCUGAUUUGGAUGCAUGCGCUUCACUACACCAAACCUUAUGAGCAAAGACACAUCAUCCGAAUCCUCUUCAUGAUCCCGACCUACGCCGCAGCCUCCUUCUUACAAUUCCGCUUCUACUGGCACGCCGUCUACUUCCAAGUCAUAUGCGACUGCUACGAAGCCUUUGCGAUCGCGUCAUUCUUCGCGCUACUCUGCCAUUACAUCGCGCCGGAUCUGCACGAACAGAAGAUGUAUUUCCGCAGCAUUGAGCCGAAACCUUGGGUUUGGCCUAUAACUUGGUUCAAGAGCUGUUGCUGUGGACAGAGAGGACCGUGGAGGACACCGAGGAGUGGAUUGACUUGGUUCAAUAUUAUUUGGACGGGGGUUUACCAUUACUGCUUUAUUCGGGUGUCGAUGACUGUCACGGCAGUUGUUACGCAGUAUUUUGGAAAAUAUUGCGAGUCUUCUAAUUCGCCGGUGUUUGCGCAUAUCUGGAUCCUGACCAUUGAGAGUAUUGCAGUUACGAUUGCUAUGUACUGCUUGAUCCAGUUCUACGUCCAGCUUCGACAAGAUCUUGCUGCUCAUAGUCCGUUCCUCAAGGUCGUGGCUAUUAAGUUGGUCAUCUUCCUCUCCUUCUGGCAGUCUUUCAUGAUCAGUAUCCUCACUUCAGAAACGUUAGACGUGGUCUCGCCUACCGCAAAAAUCGCAUACCCAGAUCUCAAAGUUGGAAUUCCAUCUUUGCUGCUUUGUAUCGAGAUGGCUUUAUUCGCCAUCCUCCACCUCUUCGCAUUCUCCUGGAAACCUUACGCCUCCUCCUCAUCCGGUUCAGAUUACCCCGUCUCCCACCUCAAGAAUACUCUCGGUCCUAAGCAAGGCGGCUUCCUAGGCAUCAAAGCCUUCAUCGACGCCAUGAACCCCUGGGAUCUUGUGAAAGCCUUCGCCAGAGGCAUGCGCUGGCUUUUCGUUGGAGUAAAAGAUCGCGAAAACGAUUCCUCCUACAAAACCUCCUCCUUUGAUAUCAACAACCCUCAAAAUGACGACAUGUCGCUUCAAUCCACCAGCCCUGCGGGUUACAAGCGUACGCAAAAUUUACCCAUUGCAGAAGAGUUCCGCAGAAGUAAAUUCGGCAUGCCGAGUUUCGCUUCCGGAAAGAAAGUAGAUGAUGAAGGAGCAGGCUUGAUAGCACACGCGCAGCCCAAUCCGCUGAAAUCUGUAUCUUCCGGCUAUGUCCCAGCGAGACAGAGGUACGAUAUCAAUGGCCAGGAUAUCAGUUCAGGCGGAACAGUAUACAGCCCCUAUAACCCAGAUCGCUCGCAGACCCCAGCGGGAGAUAUAGGCAUGGCUAUCGCGGAGCCGCCAGAACCGUAUCAGAGCCAUGUGGUGCAGCAGCCUUCAGAAACGGAUAAGAGGAGACAACAGACCCCUUCUGAACAGUGGGCGAAUUCGAGGCAACCUUUACAUGAUGAAGCCAAGGCGGAAGUGGAAACAGAGGAUGCGAGGAGGCCGGUGGUGCAUAAUGCGCUUUGGGGCCAGCAGCAGCAACAAUAACAAGCGCCGAAUCCAAAUCCAAAUCCGUAUCAAGAGCAUCAUCCGAAUCAGUUUUGAAGAGAUACGCUGGACCCUGGGAAGGGAAGGAUGGAUGUAUAAUACGAAUGAUGCCACGAUCAGCGAUGGCAUGACAGGGAAUUGAGGCUGGUUCCUAAUACUGAUACUGUGGUCAUCUGCGCCGUGGAUACUGGAUUUUGUACAGUACGUAAUGUCGGCUGGUACGGUUUGGGAUGGCAUCGUAGGGGCAAAAGGGCGUUUCUGAUAUGCAGAGUUUGCAUAUAACUCGGAUCGGUUUGGUAUCUGAGCGGGCGGCGUUGGGAUAUCGAUUUGCUUUCAGGAGAUGUGUGGAUUGAUUGCGGAGGAUACAGACGGUGCGGAGGAAGUCGAUUCGCGGACUGUUUGCUACCUUAUUGAGGGCGGGGAUUUAUUGAUGUUAAGGACCCACCUUGUAGUAUGGGUAAGCCUUGUGAAGGCGAGUAAAGCGAAGCGAAGCGAUGGCCUAGGAUGGAAUGAAUUCAGAUCGUUUAAACACAAAUUCGCGCACUGUACCUAUGCUCGAUGAACUCACCUUAACUCAUGCACUC